AUGGACAAAGGUGCGAAAUGGGGUAAUGUGACGCCGUACUUGCAUUAUCUAAAGCGCAGUCGCUUCUCGGAGAAGGCGUUUUCAGUCAUGGACCGGAAUGGUAGCGGCGAGGUCGACUUUAUCGAGUUUGUGCUGGCCGUUUGGAACUACUGCUCUUUCAACCAUGCGAGCUUGGUUCGGUUUGCGUACGAUCUAUACGACAUCGAUGGGAGUGGCGAGAUCGAGCACGACGAGGUUGUGAGGUGCGUGCGGGAGAUAUGGGGAAGCGCCUGGGAAACCAGCUCAAGCGCGCAAAAGAUCGUGGAGAAACUGGACGCUAUUAUGGCGAAUACUCCCAACAACCGCCUCUCUGCAGCGCUGUUCCAGGAGUUUGCGGUGCGGCACCCGAUGCUGCUUUUUCCCGCGUUUGAGUUGCAAAUGGAGAUCCAGCGGAAGGUGUUGGGAAAGCGGUUUUGGUCCCGCGCGACUGAGAAGCGAGGCUCGCUCAACGUGAAUGCGCUGAACUGGAAUCACGUGAAGGAGGUGACGAUGUUGUCGCGGCAGACCAGCUCCAAAUUGCUGACCUCAAUGGAGGAGGACAUUGGGAGACAGCUGCAACGGCGAAUAAGGGAGGAAUCGGAUAAUCCAGGCUCGACAGAGCGCAGCCAACGACGCUAG